GUUGAGUCAGCGUCCCGCCCAUAACUGGCCGUGGACAGAGCCAUGUCGAUCCCUGGUGCUGUUGAUGUAGCCAGGAAGCUGCCGCAGCCGCCAGAGCCGCCUUCAGGAGAUGUUUCACCUUUGGCUGGCAUCCAGCUUCGCUUGGACCAGCUGUCUGAACAGGUGGAUUGCUGCCUUGUGCAACUGAUGAAGCUGGAGCCUGCAAGCACUCUGAAGGAGUCGCGCAGGUCCCGCAGGCACAAGAUGAGCCAGGCAGAUGGCAUACUGCCGGCAAUACCAUCAGACAAGCCAUUUCUGGAUGAAGACGAUGCCUCUGCGUCAUCAUCAUCUUUAGGCCCUCCGGGAUCCAAUGCAUCUUUUGCGGCGAGGUCUCCGAUGCCUUCGGAUGACUGGGACGCCCCAGGUGAAGGGAGCAACACGGACACGACUCUGCGCAGCCAGAUGGUGAGGUUUCGAGACUGCGACGAGAAGUCAGAGCCGGCGGUGUCAGAAGCAAAGACUCGGCGGAAAGGAAAGCAUGUUCGAAAUAUGGAUGUCAAGAUUGCCUGGCAAAUGCACGCUACCUCCGAGGAGUCAUCUCCGGCGGAGGGGCAAUCUAGUUUGCACCCAAUGAUGAGGCUGCUGAACGGCAUAACGUGCACCGAGCGCUUGUGGGAGCUGCUGGAUGACCCGGCCUCCAGCAGACUCGCAUUGUGGAUCUCUAUGUUUUUCCGGGUGACCGUUGUGACCAGCAUCAUCGUGUCCAAUCUUCAGAACUUGGAGGAGGAGGUCCUCAACCCUGUUUUGGCCGCAGUUCUGGAAACUUGCUUCGACACUAUUUAUCUCUUGGAGUUCAUUUGUCGCAUAGGGUCGGCACCAGCAAAAGCUGCCUACCUGUUUGACCCCUACAAUUGGGCGGACAUGCUCUCGGCUUGUGGGAUCUUCAUCCGAGUCGGAGUCGGCUUCGUGAUUCGGAGGCCGGCGUCAGCUGACGAGCAAAGCGUACAAGUGCUGCUCCUUUUCGUGCUGCCCGUGGCGCGGCUUUUGAAGCUGCUGCGGUACUUCGAGUCCUUUCGGCUUUUGGUCGAUGCUUGCAAGAACUCGCUGGCCUCGUUACCAGUGAUGAUGUACACGAUGGCACUGAUCAUUCUAGUAUCCGCCAAUGCAAUCUACCUGGCAGAGUCAAGGAGCACCAUUCCCAGCCUGCCCCACUGCUACUGGCUCGCAAUUGUGACGAUCACCUCUGUGGGAUUUGGCGAUUAUGUCCCCAGGACACCUGCUGGUCACGUAAUAGUGGGAAUGCUUUCCCUUGUUGGCGUGCUCUUCCUCGCCCUCCCUGUUGGCACCAUUGGCCGGGAGUUCACAGAAAGCUGGGAAAACCGAGCACGAGUCCUGCUUCUAACGCGAGUUCGUAAGUGCCUGUGGAAGUGGGGCUACUCUGUCAAAGACUUACGAGUAUUGUUCGAGUACAUCGACGCGGACAGCAAUGGAGUUCUCAGCCUGCCAGAAUUUCUUGAGCUGAUCAGCCAGAUGAGGAUUGGAAUGAGUGCAGCCAGCAUUGUGGAUCUGUUUAUGCUGUUUGAUGACAAUCACAGCGGCACGAUUGACUACAUGGAGUUUUUGCGCCACAUCUUCCCAGAGGAAUAUGUGGAGGAGCAGCAGGAAUCGGCAAGUCAAGGUGCUCGAAACUCUGUCAGACAAGUAAGCGAAGCAAUGAGCUCCCUGCGAGAAAGCACGAUUGUUGGAAGACUUGAUUCACGGAUGUCGCGACUUUCCUCCAAGUCAUCAUGAUUGACCCCGCGGUGCACGGAAGGUCUCUGCGCCAUGGUCCGAACACCGGCCUUUGGCUGCGGCCAACGUGACAGCCGCCAUGGCGAAACACCAUGCUGAAGUUCAUGUAUAUACUUUUCGAAGAAUGCUUGGCCACCCCCUGGUUUGCAACAUCCCGCGGUUUCACCAAGACCAUUGUCACACUUGCUGGCUGACCUCGCCACUACUGGCUAGCCUCAGUGUGUAGUGCCUUCGUUUUUCCCUGCCUCGGUGGCAUCCGGGUUCUGGUCGCAAGGCAAAUCUCGCAACGCUCAUGCAGCCAA